CUACAAAAAUGUCAUAUUUUUGUAAGUAAAUAUGGCGUUACAAAUGUGCUGUCAAGUUUUGUUUAUAAAUUUCUAAUCAAUAAUGUAAGCACUGUUUUUACAAAUUAAAAUUAUGAAAAAGUAACUAAAAAUUGCAAUAAAGGAAAAUUUAAAAAUAUGUCUGACGAGGGUAAACUAGCUAAUCAUUAACAUUUCUUUUCUUGCCACACCCAUUAAUAUUUAAAAAUACUGAAAAAAUUACAUUUUCAAAUAUAUUUCACAUAGGAGCUUCCAUAAUAAUAAAAAUCUAUCAGUAUUAUUCUUCGUUAAUGAUCUAAAAGAAAAAUUCUUCAAAAUGGACGAAAUGAGAGAAAAUAAAGUUGGCGAUUUUAACGAAAAAUUAACAAUAACUAAAAAUAUUGAACCACUAAUACCAAAGAUAGACGCAAAUUCAAAUUACAAUCAAAAUAUACGAAAAUCGAUAGAAGACAAUUUAUUGGAUCGUUUAUCAAUUGCAAUUUUAAAACAAAAGCAAAGUGAGAAUGCAAUAAGUGCACCAUGGUCACCAUUGGAUAAUUCGGAAUUUCAGGACAAUUUAAUAAUUGACGAUUCAUUGAAAAAUGUAAAAUUGCCAAAGCACGUUGAGGAAAAUAUCAAGGGAAUUUCACAAUCUGCGAAAGAAUAUAUCAAUAAACUCGAAGAGCAAUUAGAGGAACUUGACAUCGCCGAUAAUCAAAUUAUCAAUAGUGCUAAGAAAACUUUACAAGAGGUGGAAGAAGCUUAUCAAAUUUUAAUAAACGAAGUUUGUCAACAAAUAAAUCGAAAACGUGAUCUGAUUAGAUUAGAAACUGAAGUCCACAAAAAUGAAGGUCUAGCACCAUUAAGGGCAUGUCGACAGGAAGUGAAAGCUCAAAUUCGAAGUACUCAACAUCUUAUAAAUUUAGUUCAUACGAUGCUCAAUUAUCCACAUACAUUUAAUAGACAGAAAUUUGAGGAACUCACUUUAGCGAGCAGUAAUUUGGGAAGAAUACCAGCAGUACCAUUGCCGGAGGAAGUUCCCUGUAUAACAUUCUGUCAUCCUACAAAUGAAGCCAAAGAAAAAAUUUUAACAAGAAUUUCAGAAUUGGGAUGCAUUUCGAAAAUGGGACCAGUGCAAUUUUUAGAAAUCGAAGAGAGACCCGCGAGUCUUUACGUUAAGUGGUAUAUUGUUGAUUCAGAAUAUUCCGGCGAGGAGCACAAUUUUAUCGUUCAAAAAGCAACGGAAAUUUCUAAUUCUACUUUAUAUAAUUUUGAAACAGUUUACGAAGGCACUGAAAAUUCGUGCUUUGUUAAAGACCUGCCAAUUAAUGAAUCAAUUAUCUUGAGAGUGGGAAUACAAGCCGAUUAUAUCGUUUGGAGUGUUCUUCGUAAUGUUAAGACUUCUUUACCCUCUUACAGUUGGGAAGUAACGAAUAAAAAUUACAUGAUUACGAACGAGGGAAAAAUAGCGGCGAAAAUUCAUGACGAAUUAAGUACAAUUUUCUCACAGGGCACUCAAUUUGAUGCGGAACACGUAAUUGAGUUCAAGUUUUUGGAAGCAUCAACAGAAGGAAAUUAUAACGAAGGAAUUGCGCUAGUGUCAAAUAAUCUCGGUAAUGAGGAUGAUCUCAAAAGAAAGGGAAGUCUAUUAAUUACGACUCAAGGUAAAAUUUUCAUGAACGGCGAGGAGAAGCUUAUGAGAUUGCCAAAAAUACGUUUCGGCACAAGAAUUUCGUUCUCGGCAUUUCGUAAGGAUGAAGAAUCUCUAAGAAUUACUAUCGAAAAUGCCGAUAAAGCAGUCACGUACGAUUGGAUUGUACAAACGCCACUUUAUUUUGCUGCACGAUUCGCCGAGUCAAAUAAAUGGAAUGUUAUCGUUAAAUAAGCAUUUUAAAAAAAAAUUAUUCGUUAACGCAUAAUAUUUAAAUGUUUACAAGUGCCUUAUAUUUACAACAAUUGACAAAUAAAAUGUUUUUAAAAUUA